CGGCUGAACAAGGCUAUUCGGGCGAGCUGGGCGCCGGGAACGCUCAAGGGCUAUAGCAGCGCGGUGAACCGUUACCUCCAGUUCUGCAAACUAGAAUGCAUCCCCCGCGAAGACAGGUUCCCCGCGCCGGAGGUGGUGCUUUGCGCAUUCGCCGCUAGGGCAGUCGGGCAGCUGGCAGGCGGGAUGGCGAGGAGCUGGAUGGCCGGCCUCAAAGCUUGGCACACCGCGCACGACGCCCCCUGGCUCAGGGGCAAGAGACUUCAGCAAGUCCUCAAAGGUGUGAAGAACUUGAGGCCCCACGAUUCGCACAAGCCGCUGAGGAAACCGAUCACACGCGACAUGCUACGCCAACUACACAAGAAGCUCAGAUUCAACUCACCCCUCGAUGCCGCAGUUUUUGCAGCAGCGUGCUGCAUGUUCUGGGGCCAAUUCCGUGCGGGUGAGCUCCUCCCGAACUCCCAGACAGCGUUCCAAGACCGUCUCCCAAAAUGCUCAGAUUUCCACAAACCCACAAAGGCCUCGGCAUCCUACUCCAUCGCUCUCCCCUCGUUGAAAACUCGCUAUGCGAAAGGGGAGAUGGUGUUUCUACACCGGCAGAGGGGCUCGAUGGACCCGACUGACGCGCUGGCGUACCACCUUCAUAAGAGCGACCUACCUUCGAACUCGGCCCUCUUCACGUUCCAAACCCGAAGGGGACCCACACUCCUCACCAGAUCGGUUUUCUUAGCGCGUUGCAACGCGAUUUGGUCCCCUCUUCGCCACUCAAGAGUGACCAGGCACUGCUUCCGCAUCGGAGGCACAACGGAAUUGUUACUCGCCGGGGUUCCACCGCACGUGGUCAAGAAGGCCGGGAGGUGGUCGUCGGACACGUUCCUGCGUUAUUGGCGCACCGUGGAAGACAUACUCCCCCAACACGUGCAACGUGUUCGCAACGUA